CGUAACAGGCGGCGAAGCCACGGCUAGCUCCCGCCCGCCUCACCCCUCCCGCCAGCUCCCUGCCCGCUCUGAAGAUGGCCGCCUCACCCGCUUCCAAAAUGGCCGCCGCAGCGCCGCAAAGCGCACCAUAGAGACAAGCGGCGUUCCGCUCUGCACGCCGCUGCGGCGCGCUGCCUGUGCCAGCGGGGAGCUGCGGGGAUCUCUAUGGCAGCAGCGGCCGCGCUGCCGGGCUCUGAGCGGGCCCCGGCGGAGAGAGGAUGCCCCUGGCUGCCUAUUGCUUCCUGCGAGCCGUGGGCAAGGGCAGCUACGGGGAGGUGAGCCUGGUGCGGCACCGCCAGGACAGCAAGCAGUACGUCAUCAAAAGGUUAAACCUUAAGAAUGCUUCCAACCGAGAGAGGAAAGCAGCAGAACAAGAGGCACAGCUGUUAUCCCAGUUGAAACACCCAAACAUAGUCACCUACAGAGAGUCCUGGCAGGGAGAAGAUGGCCUCUUAUAUAUUGUUAUGGGCUUCUGCGAGGGAGGAGAUCUGUAUCACAAACUUAAAGAGCAGAAGGGCCAACUUUUGCCUGAGAAUCAGGUGGUGGAGUGGUUUGUGCAGAUUGCCAUGGCACUGCAGUAUUUACAUGAAAAGCACAUUCUGCACCGAGAUCUUAAAACUCAGAAUGUUUUUCUGACACGAACAAAUAUAAUCAAAGUGGGUGACCUGGGAAUAGCCAGAGUGUUGGAAAACCAGUAUGACAUGGCCAGCACUCUCAUAGGCACACCGUACUACAUGAGCCCUGAACUCUUUUCUAACAAACCCUACAACUACAAGUCUGAUGUUUGGGCAUUAGGCUGCUGCGUUUAUGAAAUGGCUACACUGAAACAUGCCUUUAAUGCCAAAGACAUGAACUCUUUGGUGUAUCGAAUUAUUGAAGGAAAGUUGCCACCCAUGCCAAAGGAUUACAGCCCACAGUUGGUAGAAAUAAUAAGAACUAUGCUCAGUAAAAGACCUGAGGAAAGGCCUAGUGUGAAAAGCAUACUCCGACAUCAAUAUAUCAAGCACCAAAUUUCUUUGUUUUUGGAAGCCACGAAGGAGAGGGCAGCCAGAAGUCAAAAGAAAACAGUAAAUUCUAAACCUAAAGAUCCUUGUUCUCUGGUCACAGUAAAGAACGAAUCUCAUAGCAGGAAUGUUACACACCAAAAUCACUCCUUUGAGCAAGCCAGGAAAUACAAAGUUAAUGAAGAAGAUUACAUCAUCAAAUCUAAAGCCACCAAAAUUUGUCCGUCAGAAAAACAAGCUGUCGAGUUGGAAAGCAAACCAAGCAGUAAUGAUUUGAACAACCUGGGAGACUCCUUAGCUACAGUUAGUGAUGUGAAUAUUGAUAUCUUACCAUCGGCAAGGGUGAAGUAUGGAAGUGAGAAGCGUGGCAGUGAGCAUAUUCCAGAGAGUACUAAAGCAAAGAGAAAUGUGAAUGUUUCAGGGAAUUCUAAACCAACAUCCAGUGGCCCACCAAUGAAGGAAGAUGGACUACAGCAAAAAGCAAAGCAAGUUUUCAAAGCUGAGAAUGUUGAGUCUAAGCAGUAUUCUGUUGAUGCUACAGGAGAAGAUGGUGACACUUUGAAACUCCUGCAGCCUGUGUCACAAGACCAAAAGCAAACUGAUCUGAGCUUGGAUUCUACUGAAAAGCUGCUGGCACCGCUUAUCCCUCUUUUAAUUCAAGAUGAUGUCUGUCCUGGAGCUUCGGGAGAUGCUCAGGAGCAAGUUACCUCCCAUUUGCAGCCUCACAGUUCUGUGAGUGAACCCUCUCUCUCACGGCAGCGACGGCAGACAAAAAGAGAGCUUUCCGAAGUCUCUUCAGAGAAGUUCAGAACAGCUGCUCCCCGGCCUUUGCCUUUGCCUUCUGAUGUGAACAGAAAACCAGCACAGAGGUGUGCAGAGCAGCGUGGUGCUGAAGCUUCUGAAUCUGUAAAUAGCGCCAAAACCAGUCAUGUUGUCAUUUCAAAGGAGCGGCCCUUGUCAGCAAGAGAACGAAGGAGGCUCAGACAGUCUCGGGAGAUGUUUCCCUCUGGUAACUCAGUGAUUCCAGCAAGAGCAACGUCAAAUAGUGCAGUAGUUGAAGCAAAAUCACAUAUGGAGAAUCAUGUUAAAGUUACUCAGUCUUCUUCAGAUCCCAGUAUUUCUCAGAGAAAGAGAGAAACCUAUUGCCUAUCUGAUGAUGAGUUAAGCUCUUCCACAAGCUCUACAGAUAAGUCUGAUGGUGACUCCAAGGAGAGAAAGAGCAACGUGAAUGAAAUGAAUGACUUGGUGCAACUAAUGACAUGGACACUGAAAAUGGACUCUAAGGAGAACUCUGUAAAAUCUGCAACCUCAACUCCAGCCCCAGAGUUUAAACUUCAUAGAAAGUAUCGAGACACUUUGAUUUUGCAUGGAAAAUCACCUGGUGAAUCAGAGGAAUUCAAAUUUGAAGAUAUUUCUUCAGAUAUGUUACCAGUUCCUAACAAGAUUAGGAGAAUGGUUGAAAUCCUGAGAUCUGAUGUGGUUCAAGGACUGGGAGUGAAACUUCUUGAGAAGGUGUACAGCAUCAUGGAAGAAGAAGAUGAAGUGAAGAGAGAGCUGCAGCUGCGGGAGCAUAUGGGAGACAAGUAUGUGAGUUACAGUGCCAAGGCACGACAUCUGAAGUUUCUUGAAGAAAAUGUGAAGUUCUGACCAGACCCUUUCCCUCAGAGAAAAGGACUGGUUUAUAGCCCACUUGAUAGACUGGACCAGCUUACAGAGCACCUCCUUUGCUGGAAUAAGGAGGUGAACUUGCAAAAAACUUUGUAGUAAUAUUUUUAUGUUAAAAUGUGAAGGCUAUCACUUUCUCAGAAGAGAAACUGCUUAGUUUAGUUUUUAUUCUCUUAAUGGAACUUUUUAAGAAGUUGCUUUUUAUAAAUGAAAAGAGGGACAGAUGGA